GACACGUAAUUUUAUUUAUAAUAGCUUACUAGAUCGAAGUAGUAAGUAUAAAAAGCCUUGUCUACGUUGAUAUCGGCUCCCAGUCUCACCGACAGCUGAGCCCCGUAUGUUACCUCGCGACUGUCUAUCUGACAACACAACACAUGUUACUGUGACACAGUAUCACAUAGUAAGACUGCGUCACAACUGUAGUGACUUGACGACUGACAAAUAUUAACGUAUGACAGUCGGGAGCAAAGGCUCUAUGUACUGUCUAGUUUAUGAAAUAAUAAAAUUUUAAGGUUUUUAAAUAGGAUAUUUGACUUAAUCUAAUAAUAUAAAUCUGUUCGUAGUCCGUCAGACAGGUUUCUAAAAAAUAUUGAGUAUUUUUCGUUAUAACACCACUAAAAAGUUAGGAAAAUUAAGCGCUUAAGAUGAUGAAAUGAAUGGUUGUGGGGGCUAGUAAAAAGCGUACUGGAUACGCACCACAGCCAGGGGUACAGUACGCCCAAGGCAUGCCCCCACAAGGAAUGGGCCCCCGCUUCGGCGGGCCCCAGCCACAGUACGUGCAGGGCCCGCAGCGGCGCGGCAUGGGCGCCGGGACGGCGGUGGGCAUGGGCGUCGGGGCCCUCGCGGCCGGCGGCCUGGCCGGGUACGCCCUGGGAGGCGGCUUCAGUAGUAAUGACGCCCCGAGCGAGGGCGUCGACUCAUACCAUCCCCCAACGCAAGCCCACAUUGCCCCCGAGGCAGACGAUGAUGAUGAAUGGAUCGAAGAAUAGUCGGAUAUUAAGGGAUAUUAGGAUAUUCUAAGUAUCCGGUAUGUCUGUAGACACUAGGAUAGUAGAUAGUCUACAUAGAAAUGUGAU